AUGCAAAAAACCCAAAGUGACGGCCACACGACAUCAAAGAAGGUACAGAAAGAGGUGUCUAAGCAUCUGGAAACAUUGCAGACGUCUUUUGAAGGUUAUUUCAGCCCAGAGUCGCUUGAAAAAGAAACAUGGGUGCGGAGCCCAUUUUUAAUCGAUAUUGACAGCAUUAGUGAUGAAGAUCUUAUUAAAGAUGAUCUAAUUGACAUGAGAUCAAAAGAAGUUUUGAAAGCUGAAUUUCAGGCAAAAGAUCUUGGCGACUUUUGGGGUUCCUUAAGUCAAGCUUACCCUCUUCUAGUCAAGCGAGCUAUGUCCAUUUUGAUACCGUUUGCUACUACGUAUCUUUGCGAGGCAGGGUUCUCGAUUAUGAUGUCAAUAAAGACAAAAAGUCGCAAUCGGUUGAACGUCGCAGAUGACAUGCGACUUGCCUUGUCGAAGACAGUCCCACAAAUUAACGUUCUCAUUGAGGCCAAACAACAGCACCCUUCUCAUUAA